AUGGGGGAGGUGAUUUGGAUACCCCAUUUGAGAAGAGCGCUAGCAGUUGGGAUUCUUUCCAGUUUUGCCCUCCACAUAAAGCAGGUUAUCUUUAGUGGAAUUUCGUGUAUCCACUUUAAUGUGGUCUCCAGUCUAGGCAGGUUAAUCUCAUUAACCAACUCCGGAGUUCUUGGUGCUGAUUUCCAUUCCCAAUUAAUGAUUCCAUUUUGGAGACGGUCACUGAUUUUACAGUGUUUGUUGCGUUCCAAUUUGUAUGCUUCAGGGAAGGAUGUCUUUAGGGUCGAGUCACCAAUCCAUCUAUCAAGCCAAAACAUGGUCUCUUCUCCGGAUCCAAUUUUUUUCACCAUUAUUUCUUCCAUGUCAAUAUCAAACAAUUUCAAUUCAUCUUGUAUUCCAACUAUCCGGUUCCAAAUUCCAGAAGGUGAAAUCGAGUCCUCCAUGGAGAUGGAGAAGAGGCCGAUAGAAUAUCUACUAGUAACCCAGCAAGAUUCCGACCGCAUCGCCCGAUUCAACCUCCCUCGACCUCAAGCCGCUGACUGUUUCUACACACAGUUCAACAUCAGAGGCAUAAGGGUCGACCGAUUCCAACCCGAUUCUUUGACUUGCUCUUUCACAGUUCCCCCACGCCUUACUGAUAGGAAUGGAAAUCUGGCUGUGGGUGCAAUUGCGAGUUUAGUAGAUGUGAUUGGUUCGACAUUGGUGCAUGCGAAGGAUGUAUCUUUUAAUGUUUCUACGGAUAUGUCUAUUUCUUACCUUUCCACGGCUAAGUUCAAUGAACUCUUAAGCUGCAUAGGGCAGAGAUGGCGAAUGGUGGCCAUUGGUUGGUGCGUUACUGUAAUGGAUGAGUUGGAGAUUAGAGGAAAGCUUCUUGGUAGAAAAGAGGGAUAUUGCGGAACUCUUAUUGUUCUGAAAAAGAAAGCAACUGGAGAGAUUAUUGCUGAAGGAAGACAUUCAUUGUUUUGUAAACCAAUUAGCAAAAUCUAAAAUAAGAUUACUCUUCUGAUUAUAUAAUUUUGAAGCAAUUCAUGUUUGUCCAAACAAUAAGGAGAUAAGAAUUCACAAAUGGGGUCAUACAUUCGUAUUCAAAUCUUCGCAUCACCUUAGUUGGUCUUGGGAUGUUGUGAUUUAUUUUUUUCAUAUUGGUUUAGGACGGUUGUUUGGUGGGAUGUCCACAUAUGGUUCUUAAAAAGGCUAGUAGUUUGCUUCACCAGCUUGCUUUUGGUGUUUGAUGUUUCCCCCUUUUGAAUGAAGAAACAUCCUUGAGUAGUUGGAA